UCCCCGGAGGAUGCCCCGCGGCGGCGGCUCCUCGCUCUUAGGCGCUAGCUGAGCUGGACCGGGAGCGAGCCGCGCGUCGCCAUGCCGGCGUGACGGGUGCCCGCGGCUGCCCGCGCCGGGCCCCCGCGCUGCCCCACGCCGCGCCGCGCCGGCGCCGGGCGGCAGGAUGGGCUGUAUCCAAAGCAUCACCUGCAAGGCGCGGAUCCGGCGCGAGAACAUCGUGGUGUACGAUGUGUGCGCCACCAUCGACCAGUGCCCCACGCGCAUCGAGGAGACCUCGCCCAUCGUCCUGCGCUACAAGACCCCUUACUUCAAAGCCUCGGCCCGUGUGGUCAUGCCCCCCAUCCCCCGCCACGAGACCUGGGUGGUGGGCUGGAUCCAGGCAUGCAACCAGAUGGAGUUCUUCAACACCUACAGCGACCUGGGCAUGUCAAGCUGGGAACUGCCUGACUUGAGGGAAGGGAGAGUAAAAGCCAUCAGUGACUCAGAUGGGGUGAGCUACCCAUGGUACGGGAACACGACAGAAACCGUGACCCUGGUUGGCCCCACCAACAAGAUCUCCAGGUUCUCCGUCAGCAUGAAUGAUAACUUCUACCCCAGUGUGACAUGGGCAGUGCCAGUGAGUGACAGCAAUGUGCCACUGCUCACAAGAAUCAAGAGGGACCAAAGUUUUACCACCUGGCUGGUGGCCAUGAACACCACCACCAAGGAGAAGAUCAUUCUGCAGACCAUCAAGUGGAGGAUGAGAGUGGACAUUGAAGUGGACCCUCUUCAGCUGUUGGGGCAGCGGGCCCGGCUAGUGGGCAGGACUCAGCAGGAGCAGCCCCGGAUCCUGAGCCGGAUGGAGCCCAUCCCCCCUAACGCACUAGUGAAGCCCAAUGCCAACGAUGCCCAGGUCCUCAUGUGGAGGCCCAAGCGGGGGCCACCUCUGGUUGUGAUACCUCCUAAGUAAAAGCAGACUGCCCAACUGUGUGCGGAACACAUGCCACUGAGACCCGCAGUGGGGUGACCAGGGGUGGCAGGAGCCAAACUGAGUUUCUGAGCCAAAGCAGACCUCUUGGUGUGCCAGCCUUUGCAGCUACUUGUGCCGAGUACAGCUGCUCCUUGGGCGGUAGAACCAUAACCCUUAGGAAAAGCCCCUUCCUCUUAGGAAUAAAGAAACCACUGAUUUGAUAGACUUGCUCUGAUUACCGUGCAAGUAGCCAUAUUUUGGAGCUGACCAGGACGAUUCUUUUAUUUGAACUAUUGACCAUUUCUUUCCUGUGAGAUGCAGGGUAUGGAAAUGAAACUAAACAGUGCCUGUGGCAGAUGCUGCUUCCCAACCAAUUAGAAGCGAGAGUGAAAACAUCCACACCAGGUGUUCGUAAGACAGUCUCCGUGGGGAGGGUGCUGGGGAAUUGGGUGAAAACUCCUUGGUGCUGGGGAGAGAGGAGAAA